GGGACUAACAAGACAGUGAGAGCCAGAGUUCAUUGUCUGGCAUUCUACUGUUCCACAUCAUUAAAAUUAUGCAGAGGAACUUCUGGCAGAGACCAGUGGUGACCAUGGCUACAACACACACAGUACGGACAGUAGGCAGUAUGCCAGCAAAAUUUGUACCAAGGAAGAGAUUGCGGACAAGACCAUCUAGCAUCGGCUACCACAGAGUAGCACUCAUCCAUGGGGAACCAGAGCAUAAGAUUGAUGAGUUCAUGUUAUAUAGUGAUGAGGAUGAGGAUGAAGAUGAAAAUGAUGGAGAGGAGGAGGAGAAUUCUCGUGAUGGAGGAGGUUACAUUUCCUUGGGUGGAGUGCCUCUCCACCCGUCUCACUCACAUCAUACUGUACGACGGAAACAGUCUUUCAUGCAGAAAUACCAGCCGUUAAGUCGCAACUUUGCAGACUACGUCUUGACAAGAUCCCGGGGCUGUAGUAGACUUGAACACCAAAACAUUAAUGAAGAAUUUGGAACAAGACACAUGCUUACAACAGGCAUGUUUAGAGAACGGCCUAUACCUCUUAACCGAAUCAAUAAGGUAUUCUGUUCUCAGUGGUUGAGUGAUCAUCAAAUAGCAAUGGGAACUAAGUGCAAUAAACUGAUGGUGUAUGAUGUCAAUACAAGACAAAUGGAUAUCAUUCCUUCAUUGCGUAGUUCAGAAUUGCAUCGUCCACCAGAGCAACAGUGUGGAAUUCAUUCUAUUGAAAUCAACCCCUCUAGGACACUCUUAGCCACUGGUGCUUUAAAUUCUAAUGAUAUUGCAGUGUACCGACUGCCGACAUUGGACCCAGUCUGUGUAGGUGAAAAAGCUCACAAUGAUUGGAUUUUUGACAUGUGUUGGUUAGAUGAUCAGUUUCUUGUGUCAGGUUCAAGAGAUACCCGCUUGUCUUUAUGGAAAAUAGACGAUGAAAUAGAAAUGGAAGAUUCUUGUAAACUACCUAGCUAUGGUCAUAUUAAACCAGUUAAAGUUAAGAAAUGCAAUGGUGCUGAGAAAGUGCGAGCUGUCAUUUUUAAUCCCAACUUUGUUGAGAUUGUUGCAUUGUCUCUAAAUGCAUACCUUCAUGUGUGGGAUGCUAAUCGUUUUGUUCAGAAAAUGUCUAGGAAACUUCCACAUGCCAUGGAAAAUGUUUGCCUUACAAGAAAAGAAGAUAGCUCUUUAUACGCAAUAGGCUCUAAAUCGCAUACAACUCUGCUUGAUCCCAGAACUUUACAUUAUGUUAGAAAGGUUAAUGCUCGAAUAACUGGAUGUGGCAUACGCUCUGUAAGCUUCCAUGGUGAUAUUCUAACCAUAGGAACUGGAGUGGGAGCCAUCAUGUUUUAUGAUAUGAGAGCUGGAAAAUAUAUGGAAUCUACUAUGAACAGUGGCCGAGCUGUUGUACUAAAGAGUACAAAAGGAUGGGUAAGUGCAGAUGAUCAGUAUCAUGAUGUAUUUCACAAUGUGGAAUACACUCCUGCAAUAUAUACCCACUGUUAUGACUGGUCAGGCAUGCGUCUGUUCACUGCUGGAGGUCCACUACCUGCGUCUCUCAAGGGCAAUUAUGCUGCCCUCUGGUGCUGAAAUCAACAUGAUUUAAAAUAUAAUUUUUUUUAGAUAGUGAAAAAUAUUUCUUGCAACAAUCAGCAGCUAUUUAUAGAUACUAAAUUAAAGACUUUUACGGUUAUAAAGUAAAAUUGGUAGUUUGAUGCCAUUGUCUGAAAUCUUAGAGUUUUGCUGUUGAAUGUAGGCAGUAAGAAAAUCUUUAUAUAAGCUGCAGAAAGGCUUAAAUUUUAUCAGGACAUAUUAUGGUUUGUUACAAAAUAAUUUGAUAGGAUUGGACCUUUUUUAAAUUAACUAAAAUGUAAUUUGUGGAAGAAAGAAUCUGAUGCCAUCUUUCAAAUGCAAAAAAAAGACACUUUUCUUGCACUUUAUUGAUGUUAACCAAAUCAUUCCAGAUACCAAACUCAUUCCAUCUUAAUCUGUUGUCAGUGGGUUAAUGUGUAGUAGUCACUUCUUAUUCAUGUCCAGGCUAAUGCACUUCUUAUACUGUAACAAAGUUUAAGUGGAAUCAGAAUCUGAUAAUAUAGCAUUUGAAAUAUGGCUUUAAUUUCUUUUUUGUUCAGGCUUUACCCUGAGUGGAAAGCGUGCAUGUAUAGUUAUAUAUUUUAUGUACAUACUGUGUUAGCGCAUUUGUUGUACUUGUAAUAAAUUAAAGAAAUAAUAGGA